GGCCUCCCCGCCAAUCAUGCUGUGGAAGUUUGGCUUCGCGUCCGGGUCGACGCUCGACAAGCUCCUGUCGCGCGAAAGCCCUCCGACCGUCGAGGAGCUGCUGGACGAGCAGGACAUUCUGGCCGAGUGCAAAGCGCAGAACUCCAAACUCGUCACUUAUCUCUCAAGAGAGGAGAGCAUCAAGAGCCUUCUCGGAUGGGUCACGUCUGGUCUCGACGAGCUCGACACUCAAGCCGAGCACGCCGAGGACGAGGCCUACCACAAGGCCCUGAACUCGGAUGACAUCUUUCCCCCGUUCAAGGCGACGGACGGGCCGCUCGAGCCAGCAGGCGGCGACGAUAAGGAUGACGAUGCCGAGUCGGAUAUCCCCAUGGCUCCGGGCUUGGGCAUCGGUCUCGGACAAGGGUUCGACGCCCCGGAUGAGACUGAAACUGUCGACGCGCAGCGCGCAAAAUACCCCCAGAUUGCGACCGAGAUUCUUACGUCAGAGUUGUGGACGAUUCCAGAGACGAUCAUGAGCCAUAAAAACUCGCUUCUCGAGCCGUUCUGGGAAGCUGUCCUUCCUCCCGUGGAGAAGAAGCGCGAUGUCGCGGUGCGACGUGAGCGUGAGCGUGCGCGGCUUAUCUUUUGGUCCGACGAGGACGAGGAGCGCGAACGCAAGCGUGAGGUCAUACGCGGAUUGUGGAUGCGCGUCAACUCGAGCCUCCUGCAGAAGCGCACGACCGAGAUGGUGCGCUUCAUCCAAUCGAUGCCCAACAUCAUUGAGCGUAUGGUCGACCAUAUUGAGAGCCCCGCGAUACAGGAUAUGCUCGCGCGCAUCAUCCAGACGGAGGAAGCGGGUGUCAGCGAUGUCGUGUCAUGGCUCAGCGAGCAGCGCCUAGUCCCCCGCCUUCUCGAGCUUCUCUCGCCUCAUCACCCUCCCUCGAUCCACCAGAUCGUCACCGAUCUCCUUAAGGGCGCCAUAUGCGUGUCGGCGCCGAACUCGUCGUUUAACCCGCAGGGGGGAAAUGCCAUGGAGCAGCAGGGCGGGUUGCAGGGCUCGGCGACGCGCGAUAACCGCCUCGUCCGCGAGCUUACCAACAAGGAGAGCAUCCAAGUUCUUUUGCGAUACCUCACCGACGACGUCGAGGUCACCGACCGCGGGUGGAAGGGUCUGGAGACCAAGGACGGCAGCCCGCAUCCCUCCAAUCCCUUCGUCAUCCACCGCCUACCAUCUGUCGCAUCCACUGCCUCGUCGCUCUGCUACGUGUGCAAUAUUAUUGUCGAGGUGAUUAGGAGGAACAACUCGGAUUUGGCCGAACCGUACCUCUUCAACACACUGCGCAAUCGCUUGAUGAGUAUCCAGAGCGAGUUGAUGCAGGGCUCGAUCGCACCCGACGACACCCCUGACGAGUCAACAGAAGACGCCAUCAGACGCAAGAUGGAAGACAUCAUGCCUGAGCUCACUGACAAGCUCGCCAUCGUUCACCUCGGCAACCUUGUCGCAGCACUCGCCGAUCGCUUCGGCGACCUGCAGAAGCUGCUGGGCAAGCCUCGUUCCGUUGACCGCGUCAAAUCCGCCCUCACGCCCAACCCGCUUAGCAUGGAGCGCUUCCGCGUGAUCGAGCUGUACGCCGAGCUUUUGCACAGCUCGAACAUGGCAACGCUCAACCGUGCUCCCGGUACCGGGCCAGAAUACUCCUCAGAUGGUGCGCUGCUGGGUGGCCUGGAAGGCUUGGACAAGCUUGGCCAGGCGCUGCAGGCUGGGGAAGAGGGUGGGGACACCCCUGGGGACACCUCGGUUGAAGGCCAUGUCACCAAGGCGCGCGAACUCCCGGUCAGCUCCGGCUCGACCGACUACUCGCUCACCGAGUCGGACGACGUGCCUCUGUCCGAUGACGAUGAGAAGCAGGGCAGCACGCCAACAGCGAGCAAGACGACCGUUUCUGACGCGGCUACUCCCCCACCUGCAUCGCCCGAGGACGCCGAGCGCUUGAGGAGCGUUAUGGAGUCGGAGAAGACCAACUCGCCGAGCCCCAAGCCCGAGUCGACAAUGUCAACCGGCGAGCGCCUCAAGCAGCAGUUCAUCAAGUUCGAUGUCUUGCCGACGCUGCUCGAUCUUUUCUUCGAGCACGCGAACAACAACUUCCUGCACCACCUCGUUUACGACAUCCUCCAGCAAAUUUUGAACGGUCAGCUUGGCAAGGGAUCAAACCGCGAACUCGUGGUUGAGCUCUUUGGCCGCACCAGGCUCAUCAGUCGCGUAAUCGAUGCUCAGCGCAUGAACGACGAGCAAGUCAACUCGAAGCCGCCGAAGCCCCGUCUCUCGUACAUGGGCCACAUUAGCUUGAUAGCCGAGGAGCUGGUCAAGUUUUUCGCGCGCUGCCCGACCGACCUGUACGAGAUUAUCCGCCCAACCUACUCGCAGGAUGCGUGGGAUGCGUUUGUCGAGGGCUCGCUCCGCGAGACGCGAGCAAGGGACUCGCAGCCUCUGGCUGGCGGCAAGCCAAUGACUGGCCAUGGCAGUGGGCUGUCGACCAACUCGGAGCGCUCGGACAGCGACUCAGAGAGUGAUGACGAUAUUGGCCACGCCGGCAUUGGCGAGCCGCUGUCCCGCACGGUGGCCAAGCAGGCCGUGGACUCGUUCCACGACGCGAAUGCGGAUGACGACGGGGGCAUGGAGCAGUUCUGGAGACCUAGCAACGCCAGGUCUGCGGGCAUGGACUCGUCUGAUGACGACGAUGAUGAUGCCGAUUGGCUUCGACCCAGUGCAAGCACCCGUCGCGACGGCGACGACGACGAAUUCGGCGCUUUCCAGGCGACGAACGACUUUGACGACGACGACGCAUGGGGGUCAUUUACAUCUGUCGACAACAGCCAUAAGGCAAGCGAGAACCCGUUCGGCGACGACGCAUUUGCGCCAUCGUCGUCCUCAUUCCAGUCCGCCGAGCCAUUGACGCCGCGCGACUGGGCCGAGGCCUUCGACCGCGAGUUCGAGGCGCAGCCCGCGUGGGCCGAGGACGCCGAGGAGGUGACUGCGAUCGUGAUGCCCAGCGCUGGCGACGACGACGUUGGUACGCCAUCGAGCUCAUGGUCGUUCCCUGGUGACGAAAGCGAUGACCAGGGGGAGGACCUUCCUCCAGCGUCGGCCGAGACGACAGCGGCGCUCGAGGCAGCCAAGGCCGCGGGCAUUUCGCGCGCGAAGGCGCAAGCCGAGCUUGGCGCGGUAGAGCGGCACACGGAGGCGCUGAUGCUGCACUCGGAGCGCGAGGGCGGGCUCAUGUCACCGGAAGAGAAGGAGUUGGCUGAGCUCGGCACCUCCGAAACGCCGCUGGGUCCGGGCACUGCGCCGGGCACACGGUUGCGCUCUGACGGGCUGGUGGAGCGCACGAUGCCGGAUGGCACGGUUGUGCGUGUGCCCGAGGACGACAUUGCGCGGGGGAUCGACGAGGCGAUGGAGCGGCGCGUAGAUGAGGUGGAGGAGGCGAAGUAGAGGCGGCGAGGAGGAGUUGCAGAUACCCUGCUCGAGACGACCCGAAUCCAUGGACAUCCGCCAGCACAGAUACCCCUCAUCACUUGGCAUCGGGAUGUACUAGCACUAGCAUGUACGAGUGGGCGUGGAGGGAUGCGUUGCAGUGGAUUUAUAUGC